UGUUUGCGAAUUGGAAAAAGAGCAGCAGAGAGGACUUACAUUUCAUCUUGUCAUAUGACUUGGAAGAGUUUUAUGUUUAUGGCUGCUUUCCGGCCUUGAGUUCAUAAACAUGUAAAGGAAAUUGAAGAACUUUCCUGUUAGACAAUUUUUGCAGCAAUUACCAUUAAAUUUAGGCACUUCGUUGGAGUGUUGUUGUUCUGAUGGCGACCGCGAGCAACCACAAUGGCGACCUGGAUGAAGUAUCUUCGGUGGAUGUCGUGAUAGUUGGAGCAGGAAUUUCUGGUCUUUGUGCGGCUUAUAGCAUCCUGAAAACAGAGAAAUACCAUUCUAUUGUAGUUCUGGAAGCUAAAGAUCGUGUCGGCGGGCGCCUGGACUCUAUUAAACUUAAAACUACUCAUGGGGAAGACGCAUGGGAUGUUGGUGGACAAUGGAUUGGAAGGGAGCAAAAAGACAUUGUAGAAUUAUUAGAAGAACUGAAGAUAGAAACCUAUAAGCAAUGGUAUGAUGGCAAGAAAAUCAUACAACUCAGUGAUGGGAAGUUGAAAACAUACUCUGGUAGCUAUCCAUCUCUCUCAUAUUUAUCACUGAUAGACACAUACUAUUUGAACUGCAAAAUAGAAAAUUUGUGCAAUUUAGUUCCACUAGAUGAUCCCAAUAAAUGUAUUUAUGCUGAAGAGUGGGAUGGAAUGACUGUUGAAUCCUGGGUUAAACAGCAAGCUUGGACACAAGGAACAGUUGAAAUGAUAGAAAUUGCCGUAGGAUGUAUAUUUGGAGUGACAACAGCACAGAUGUCUCUAUUGUUCUUCUUACAUUAUCUUCAGACUUGUGGUGGCUGGGAAAAUCUGGUUGAAUCCGGGAAAGAGGGUGGAGCACAAGAAUUCAGAGUCAAAGGAACUGCACACAAUGUAACUAAAGUUUUGGCAGAGAGAAUUGGGUGGAAUAAGAUCCUUCUCAGGCAACCUGUAGUCUCAAUAAGACAGACUUCUGAAAGUAUUGUUGUUUGUACAAAAAAUGGUUUGAGAUUUGUUGCAAAGUUUGCCAUUAUUGCAAUCCCCCCACGAUUAACAGGCAAGAUUGAUUUUAUGCCGAGAUUGCCAUAUGACAAGCAGCACACCAUUGAAAAUAUGAUUCCUUCUCAUCUGACCAAGUUUAUUGUAAGCUAUCCUUCUGCGUUUUGGCGGAAGAAUGGGAUGUCUGGUGAGAUAGCUCAUAUUACAGGAAGAUAUCACUGCGAGUCAGACCCAAUAGCAUUAACAUUUGAUGGAACAACAAGUAAUGGAAGCCCAGCUAUUAUUGGGUUUAUUACUUCAUAUGCAGCUUCCAAGUGGAGCAAUAAAUCAGAAGAGAAGAAGAAGGAUGCUAUUAUCAAGUCUCUUGCAAGAUACUUGGGUUCUGAUGCUGAAAAUCCAUUGGACUGUGCUGUUAAGGAUUGGUCAGAGGAAGAAUGGAAUGGUGGAUGUCCAGUAGAUGUCAUGGUUCCUGGUGCUUUUACCAACUACGGCAAUUGCCUAAAAGAACCAUUUCAAAGGAUACAUUGGGCAGGAACUGAGACAUCUGAUGUCCAUCGUGGUUAUAUCAGUGGAGGUGUGCAUGCUGGUUACAGAGCUGCCAGGGAGGUCAUUACAAGACUUCAGACAAAUAAGUAAUGCCUUUUGCAGGCAACUCCUUCCACAAUGGCUUUAGGCCAUGUAAAGAUGUCUGUUAUCUCCUCAUUGCCUCAGUUCCCCUGAAGAAAAAAGUGAAAUAGAUGAUAUAAAAUAAUUCAGUAAAUUUCUAGACUUAAUUAUUAUAUGAAUUAUGAUGAGUUUAAAGUACAGUCAUAUUGAAUAAGCGUUCUCAAAUAAUAUUUUUUGAUGGUUUCCAUUUACUUCAAACCUAUGUACAUGUAUUAUAACCUCCUUUUAGCAUUUUUCUUUCCUUUCUAAAAAAAAAUAACAGGCUUCCUGUUUUAGAUCGGUAAGAGAGCAGGAUGCCUCCAGAGGAUGCAGAGGAGGCUACAUAUGAUAUAUUGUUAAUUAUAAUAACAAUGGGGGCAAAAUGAAAUGAAAGUUUAUUUACGCUCACUUGCUGUGGCUAUAUGAUUUUACUGAUAUAUAUUACCUCAUCACUGGUGGUGUGAGUAGCGUUUGGAAUACAUACAUCAGUCUGAUCUGUACAGACCUUACGCAGUCGUGGCUCCUCGUGAAUUUUAAAUGAAUAAAUAGGCUUAAUAUUAUAAUAUUAUAUAUUAUAAAUAAUAUUUUAUGCAAAAUGCAAAUUGUUAGCAUAAAACAAAGUAUAAUGAUGUAGAAGAUAUAUGCACAAUCUUGUAGCCCUAGUCUUCAUUUUUCUUGGCCAGCGCUGUCGACAAACAUUACGUUUACAUGUUUGACGUUGGUCAAGAAGUCUCAGGGUACGAGAUUGAUAUAUAUGUUGUGACAUUAAUUUAUAAUAAGUUGCAAUUUCAAAGUGUUACCACUCGACAGUGAAGUCAUUAAACCUGUGAAACAUAACCUUUCUAUCAAAGUGUGAUAGUCUCAACUAAAGUGUAUUUAGUGCAAUAUCUAUUGAACAGGUUUUUUUACUUCACUUCAAUUUAAAGCAUGCAACUGUACAAAAUCUAUAGAGUAAUAUUAAUUUGCACUAAAAGUGGACCUGAAGC